AUGGAAUCAUCCGCGUCCGGUUCAGGAGAAUCGCAAACUCAAAAGAGAAGUGUUAUUUGGAUGCAUUUCACCAAUAUAUCGGAAGCUAAUGCAAAGUCUAAUCUUUGUAAAAAUAUUUAUUCGCAUAAAAAUGGAAACAUUAGCAAUUUGAGGAAACAUUUGAAAACUAAACAUCCGACUCUUUCAUUGAAAGGAGAAAGGGCAAAACGGCGGGUGGAAGACGAAAAUAUGCCUAGGUGCAAAAAGAACUUAGUUUCAGAUCUAGGAAACCAGCAUGUCAUGGUACUACAAAAAUCUCAGUCGAAAAUUAAUUGUCCGAUGGUACGAUUUUGGAAUCCUUCUAGUUCAAAACUGCCAUGGCUGCGAUUUCAGUACCAAUAUAAUUACAGCAUGUUUGAAGGUGCAGUUAUAGCAGAAUUGAAUUUAGGGUGCGACUGUUGCGAUUCAAUACUUUACAGAAGAAUGCUGUUCAUUACGACGCAGGAGCUGUUUCCCUCCUGCUCAUGCUACUCCACUGCAGAGUUAGCUGUUUGUCAAAUAUUUCUGGCUCAUUAG